CUGUACAUUCACCAAACAGCCAUAAAGAAAUGGGACACAUGUGCUGGAGAUGCUAUACUUCGUGCAAUGGGAGGUGCCAUGCUCGACUUGGAGGGAAACCCAUUGCAAUAUGGAUCAAGUUCACCCAUUAUCAAUAAGAAAGGACUUGUGGCCUCAGUGCGAACUCCAUACACAUUUGCAAAGGAGAUCAUACCUCAUGUAAAAUUUAACUGA